UUCCUUUACUUAACUGCGAGCUACAAUUUUUAAUUAUAUCAAGACUCUUUAAACCUUGGUUAAAGCAGACAACAAUGAAGAGUCAUGGUUAGGUUCUCAGCCAUUUUAUUACAGACGUUCUUCAUUUGUGCUAACGUAUCAAGUAUAACAGGUUCUUACAAUGAACCGAAAGAAAACAUCUACAAGUCAAAAGGACACACUAAAGAUAUAACUACUUCAAAUACUCAGAAAUUAAAUUUUGAUAAACAUUCCCUGAAAAAGGAUCGUGAAAUACAAGUGGUGAGGAAAAAAGAAAAUGUCUAUAAAAAGAACAAUAUUUUUUCAUCCAAAAAAAUAAACGAUCGACGACAAUUUAUUCCUAGUCUGUUUGGGAGAUAUCAGUUUAUUAGUGGUGAUGAUUAUGGCCAAGAAGUGCGCUACGAAGGCGCUGGACCUUGUCUUGGAAGACCAUGUCAACAUGAAGGGAGAUGUAUGCCGAAAAAAAGAGGAUAUUACUGUAGCUGUGCUCAAGGAUUCAUUGGCAAACAUUGUGAAUUCCGGAAAGAAUGCGACACUGAAACUUGCAAGAAUGGGGGGACCUGCACAGAGGAGUCAAUGGGAAGACAUCUGUGCACAUGUAAAGUAGGAUUCAGAGGGGAAAACUGUCAAGAUAUCAGCAGGUGUCAUCCCAAUCCAUGUCGACAUGGAGGAGAGUGUAGUGAAACUGAGGAUUCUUAUAUUUGUCUCUGCAAAGAAGGAUAUAAAGGAGUUAACUGUGAACAAUUAAAUCAGUGUGAUCCGAAUCCUUGUAAAAACUCAGGAACAUGCUUURAGCAAGACAAUGACUUUUACUGCAAUUGUCAAUCAAUGUAUCGUGGAAAGACAUGCGAAGUUAUAAGCGAGUGUUCUCAAGCAAGAUGUGCAAAUGGUGGAACCUGUCAAGAUAUGAUAAAUGGGUUUAAAUGCAAAUGUCCUUACGGUUUCUUUGGUAAUACUUGUGAAGUAAACCCCUGCCAUCCAAACCCGUGUAUGAAUGACGGAUAUUGUUCCAACUUUGGUACUGAAUUCGUCUGUCAGUGUAGCAAUGGUUACUCGGGAAGGAACUGUGAAGUUCACAGUCCAUGCUCAAGACAAAAUCUUUGUUUAAAUGGCGGGACCUGCGUUGAUAGUGCACUUACCAACAGCGAUUAUGGAUUUGCCUGCAUCUGUCCAAAAAAUGCUGAAGGCAUUCUAUGCGAACAUCGAAUUGCCCCUAGUUUUAUCAACAGAAAAACUGGAGCUGAUGAAAAAGAAAGAUGAGCCCUCUGUUUUUAUCGGUAGUUACAGUGGGUUCACACUUCAUGUAGAUACAGACAUCAGACUGCACAUCAAUAGUCCGACGAUGCUUGACCAGUCAGUACUGGACUGGCCUGAAUAAUGGAAGACACUUCAGUACCUGCCUUUAUGAAUCAUUCAGUCAAUGGAAGCCUCGCCCCCUUAGAUCACAGGUCCCGGAGAAUACCAGGGUCAUUAACAUUUCAUCAAUGUUAAAGUUUAGGAGGAGCCGACGGGUUCCUGGGAGAAAUAUAUCUGUUCUUAUGUCCCAGCCAGCUGUAAGUCAAAACUGGUUGCCAAUGAGAAAUUCAGACAAUCUCUGACAAUCUCAGUGAGAAAUUCAGGAAAAAAGACGUGACGCGUUUUUAACGUGGUUUUAACAGCAAGAUUGCCCCAGGGGUCAGAAUUUUGAUGAAUUGUUUUCAAAGCGGGGCAUAGAGCAGGGAUUUUAACGCGCGUUUGUAUGAGUCUGGAAACUAGAGGUCGACUAUCUUCAGAAAUACCACGAAAGCAUUGGCAUUCAACCCUGUUUUUUUUUUAUUUGUGCAAUUUUCCUUGCAUCAAUUGUUUUUAAAAGAAACUUAUUAAACAUGUUUUUCUCCUUCCAAUUAGCCUAAUGUAGUACCCAAGUGAGUACACAGGA